AUGUCAUCGAUAAUUGAUGACAAUAUUAAAACUAAUGAUUUCGUAAUAACUGGUGUUAGUGGUCGAUUUCCUGAAGCAAAUUCUAUAGAUGAAUUUGCUUAUAAUCUUUUUAAUGGUAUUGAUAUGGUUACAGUUGAUGAUCGUCGUUGGCCAGAAGGACAAUAUGGUCUUCCAACACGUAAUGGAAAAUUAAAAGAAGUUGAUAGAUUUGAUGCUGCUUUUUUUAAUGUUCAUCCAAAACAAGCACAUAAUAUGGAUCCACAAUUACGUCUUUUACUUGAAGUAACCUAUGAAAGUAUUUGUGAUGCUGGAAUUAAUCCAACAAAAUUACGUGGUACAAAAACAGGUGUUUUUAUUGGUGCAAGUGGUUCCGAUGCUCAAACUGCUUUUUCAUCAGAUCCACAAACACUUGAAGGUUAUAGCAUGACUGGCUGUGCAACAUCAAUGUUUGCUAAUCGACUUAGUUAUUUUUUUGACUUCAAAGGACCAUCAUAUACAGUUGAUACAGCUUGUUCAUCAAGUCUUUUAGCACUCGAUUGUGCUUUAAAUGCACUUCGUAGUGGUGCAUGUGAUUCAGCAAUUGUUGGCGGUGUUAAUCUAUGUUUUCGACCUCAGACAUCAUUACAAUUUCUUAAAUUACAAAUGUUGUCAAAUGAUGGUGCAUGUCGAGCAUUUGAUUCAAGUGGAACUGGUUAUGUUCGAUCGGAAACAGUUGCAACUGUAUUUAUACAAAAACGUCAAGAUGCUAAACGUUUAUAUGCAACAGUAUUACAUUCAAAAACAAAUACAGAUGGAUGGAAAAAAGAUGGUAUUACAUUUCCAAGUGGUGCCAUGCAAAAAACUUUACUUGAAAAUAUUUAUAAUGAAAUACACCUUGAUCCUAAUCUUGUCGGUUAUGUUGAAGCACAUGGUACAGGAACACGUGCUGGUGAUCCACAAGAAAUAAAUUCAAUUGCACAAGUAUUUUGUAGUAAACGUAAACAACCAUUAUUAAUUGGUUCAACAAAAUCAAAUAUGGGUCAUCCUGAACCAGCAUCCGGUGUUGCUGCUUUAGCAAAAUUACUUGUUGCUAUACAAGAUGGACAUUUACCAGCUAAUUUACAUUACAAUUCACCAAAUACAGAUAUACUAGGUCUUACUGAUGGACGUCUUAAAGUUGUCACAGAAAAAACUGAAUUACCAAAUAAUUUAAUGGCAAUAAAUUCAUUUGGUUUUGGUGGUGCUAAUGUUCAUGCUGUUCUUGAUGUAAAUCGUAAUCGAAAAGAAAUUGAAAAUUCUUCACGAAAUGAAACACGUAUUGCAAUUACUUGUGCACGCACAGCUGAUGGAUGUGAAAAUAUUCUUAAACGUUUAAAACAAUCAGAAAAUAAUAUUGAAUUACAAGCAUUAAUGACAGAAAAUUCGUUUCAUCCAUCUCAUACACAUCCAUAUCGUGGUUUUACUCUUUUAAAUUCUUCAGAAUCAUCAACCAUAGUUCAGAAAUGUAAUAAUGAACGACGACCAAUAUGGUUUAUAUUUUCUGGUAUGGGUACACAAUGGUCUGGUAUGGGUCGUGAUUUAAUGGAAUUAAAAUUAUUUCGUCAAUCAAUCGAAAAAAGUGUAGCUGUACUUGAAAAAUAUAAUAUUGAUUUAUUUAAACUUAUUUUACAAUCAACACCAACUGAUCUUGAUCAACCAAUAAAUAGUUUUGUUUCAAUUGUUGCUAUACAAAUUGCAUUAGUUGAUUUUUUAAAAACUAUGGGUGUACAACCAGAUGGAAUUCUUGGACAUAGUGUUGGAGAAUUAGGUUGUGCUUAUGCUGAUGGUUGUUUUACAGUUGAAGAAACAAUUUUAGCUGCUUAUUUUCGUGGUAAAUGUAUUCAAGAAGCAAAUCUUCCGGCAGGUGCUAUGGCUGCUGUUGGUUUAACAUGGGAAGAAUGUAAAGAAAUGUGUCCAUCAGAUAUAUCACCAGCUUGUCAUAAUGCAAUUGAUACAGUAACAAUCUCAGGUCCAAAACAAAGUGUUGAAAAUUUUGUUGCUGUACUUAAAGAAAAAAACAUUUUUGCUAAAGAAGUUGCUUGUAAUCAAGUUGCUUUUCAUUCACAUUAUAUGAUGGAAAUUGCACCAUUAUUAAGAAAAUGUUUAGAAAAUGUUAUUCAUAAUCCAUCUAAACAACGUUCAUCAAGAUGGAUAUCAUCAAGUGUACCUGAAAAUCGUUGGAAUACACCAUUAGCAUCAACAUCAUCACCAGAUUAUCAUGUAAAUAAUUUAUGUAGUCCAGUUUUAUUUCAAGAAGCAUUAAAAUAUAUUCCAUCCAAUGCACUUACAAUUGAAUUAGCACCACAUUGUCUUCUUUUAGCUAUUAUUAAACGAUCAUUAAGUACAGAUUGUGUACAUUUAAAUUUCAUAAAACGUGGUACACAUAAUCAUAUAAAUUAUUUUUAUACAAACUUAGGUAAACUAUAUAAUGAAGGUGCAAAUAUAGAUAUUAUGAUAAAUUAUCCUCAAAUUGAAUAUCCAGUACCAGUUAGUGUUCCAUUUAUAUCUCCUUUGAUAGCAUCUCAAUGGGAUCAUUCACAACAAUGGAAAAUUCCAACAUUUGAAAUGUUUACACAAUCAGGUUCAGCUCAACAAGCUAAACAUGAAAUUGAUCUUAAUGAUAGCAGUGAAUAUUCAUUUAUAAUUGGACAUCAAAUUGAUGGUCGUUGUUUAUUUCCUGCAACUGGUUAUCUUGUUUUAGUAUGGAAAACAUUUGCUAAAUUACAUAAUUAUGAAGAUUAUCGUCAAAUGUCUGUUUUAUUUGAACAAGUACAAAUACAUCGUGCAACAAUAUGUUCAUUAACAACAAAACUUAUUUUUUAUGUUAAUAUUUUACCAACAAAUGGUACAUUUGAAAUUAUUGAAAAUAAUACAAUUAUUGUUACUGGAAAAAUCUCAUUAAGUGAACAAUUAACAAUGCAAAAAUUUCAUAAACAUGAUGAAAUUAAUUCAAAAGAUAAUAAUUAUUUACAAACAAAUGAAAUUUAUCGAGAUUUUAAUCUUCGUGGUUAUGAAUAUUCAGGUUUCUUUCGUGGAAUUAAACAAAUAAAUAUUGAUGGAACAAAUGGUGAAUUAACUUGGAAUAAUGAUUGGAUAUCCUAUCUUGAUACAAUGUUACAAGUACAUCUUAUACCAUCAAAAGGUUUACAACUACCAACACGUAUUGAUUCAUUACGUAUUGAUCCAAAAUUACAUGUAGAAUCAAUAUCAUCAUCAUCAUCAUCAACAUGUUCAGUUUAUGUUGAUUAUUGGAAUAGUCUUUGUUUUUCAGGUGGUAUUGAAUUAAUUGGUUUACAUUGUACAGGUACAUCGAAAAAAAAUAAACAACAAAAUACGAUACUUGAAUCAUAUUUAUUUACACCAUUUAAUAAUGAAACUAUUGAUAAUGAACUUAAUAGUUGUUUAUAUUUAAUACUUGAAAAUACAUUAACAACAACAUUAUCUUUAUGUCAAUUGGAAAUGAAAAAUUAA